GGGGGUUCAAGUGCACUCCUUAUAGAAAAGUUAUUUCGUCGAAAUCUUUUAUUAUUCAUUACCUGAUUCAAAUGUCAUAAGAAAAGUCCCAAAGGCAAUCGUGACGAAGUAAAAAAAGUUCUGGUGUACAAAAAAGUGUGAAUAUUUAGAAAUAUUUCUUGUUAAAAGCUUGGAAAAAGGAAGAAGUUUUUCUCUUUAAAAGAAAAUCUGAAAUUGUCUCAAGUAAAAGACAAACAUUAAAAGAGUGAAAAUUUAUUUAUAAAAGCGAGAUCUCAGAUUAUUAAAAAAGAAGUAUGAGUUCAUCAGCAGUUCGAGCCUUAGCAUUAGAAUACAAAAGUCUACAAGAGGAACCUGUCGAAGGCUUCCGAGUAAAAUUAUUAAAUGACGAUAAUCUUUUUGAAUGGAGUGUUGGACUGUUUGGUCCUCCAGAGACUCUUUACCAAGGUGGAUACUUUAAGGCAUUGAUGAAGUUCCCAACAGAUUAUCCAUACUCGCCUCCAUCUAUAAGAUUCAUCACAAAAGUAUGGCAUCCAAAUGUUUAUGAGAAUGGCGAUUUAUGUAUUUCAAUUCUUCAUCCGCCUGUUGACGAUCCUCAAAGUGGAGAACUGCCAUGUGAAAGAUGGAAUCCAACACAAAACGUCCGAACGAUUCUUCUCUCCGUUAUUUCUUUGCUCAAUGAACCUAACACAUUUAGUCCGGCAAACGUCGAUGCCAGCGUGAUGUAUCGCCGAUGGCGUGACUCAAAUGGUCGUGAUAACGAGUAUCCAAACAUAAUCAGAAAACAAGCUCUGCAAGCAAAAGUGGAAGCAGAAAAGGAGGGUAUUGUUGUUCCACUGACAUUAGAAGAAUAUUGUCUUAAACCUAAAACGAAUCCUAACAAUCAAGAACCUCAGCUUGAUAUGACAGAUUUCUACGACGACGCCUAUGAUUGCAUGAUAAUGAAGUGUACAGAAGUUUUCUAUUUAUUCCUAUUAGUUAUUGUAAGCACACAUUCUUUGGAGUCACCAAGUGAGUCCAAAGCACAGUCAGAUGAUUCGAAAGAUACAGGAACUCAAGAUCUAGCUGAGAGCUCAUCAAUCUUAAAUGACGAAGUGAAAAUUGAAAAUGAUAUCAUAACAAAUGUUACGAAACCUCCAUAUAUAUCAGCGAAGUUGAGCAGUACAAGUUCAAGCGUGACAACAACAACGACCUCACAACCAAAUGCUGUGGAAGCUGAAAAAGGAAGCUCGUUGUCUAUCUUUUUUGUUUUAUGUGUUAUCGCACUGGGAAUUCUUCUAAUUCAUAUGAUGCUUCAAACAAAUUUUCAAUAUCUCCCGGAAUCUAUUGUUACCGUCUGUCUGGGUGCAUUGAUUGGAGUUAUUCUCAAUUACACAUCUGUUAAAACAGUAUUUGAGCGAGAGGAAGUGUUUUCACCAACAGCUUUUUUUCUUGUACUUCUCCCACCGAUAAUUUUUGAAUCUGGUUACAACUUGCACAAAGGAAACUUUUUCCAAAACAUUGGCUCAAUUUGUGUUUUUGCAAUAAUCGGAACUGCAAUUUCAGCUUUAAUAAUUGGAAGUGGAGUUUAUCUUCUUGGCAUUGCUGACGUAGCUUAUCAGUUAAACUUCAUUGAGAGUUUUGCUUUUGGAUCUUUGAUAUCAGCUGUUGAUCCUGUCGCAACAAUUGCUAUCUUUCAUGCCUUAGAUAUUGAUCCCGUACUUAACAUGUUAGUUUUUGGCGAAAGUAUUUUAAAUGAUGCAAUCAGUAUUGUUCUAACAACAACUGUAAUGCCUUCAUCAACGAAAACAUCUGGUCAUGAUUUAUUAAGUGUUGGUAGAGGUGAAGCCAUCAUCCUAGCUUUAAAUCGCUUUUGCAUGAUGUUCUUUGCAUCAGCUGGCAUUGGAGUCGUCUUUGCACUCAUCAGUGCAAUUCUGCUUAAAUAUGUUGAUCUUCGCAAACAUCCUUCGUUGGAACUUGCGUUACUUCUUGUCUUCACUUACUGUCCUUAUGUACUUGCUGAAGGUUGUCAUCUUUCAGGAAUUAUGGCAAUCUUAUUUAAUGGAAUUGUAAUGAGUCAUUACAGUCACUUUAAUCUGUCGACCGUUACUCAGAUUACUAUGCAACAAACGAUGAGAACUUUGGCUUUCAUUUGCGAAACUUGCGUGUUUGCUUAUCUCGGUUUAGCUAUUUUCUCCUUCAAACAUCAGGUUGAACCAGCAUUAGUGAUAUGGAGCAUAAUUUUAUGCUUAAUUGGUCGCGCAGCAAAUAUAUUUCCACUUUCUUGGAUGGUCAACAAAUUCAGAGCAACCAAAAUAACUCCAAAGAUGAGCUUCAUUAUGUGGUUCUCUGGGCUUCGUGGAGCGAUUUCUUAUGCACUUAGUCUUCAUUUAGAGUAUUCAAAAGAAGAGACCAGACGUGUAAUGAUCUCAACAACAUUGAUCAUAGUUUUGUUCACAACAGUUUUCUUUGGUGGAUCAACAUUGCCAUUGUUAAAAUUCUUACAAGCUGGAAAGAAAAGCAGACGAGCUGCAGACGGUAGAACAAGAAGUCGUUCACGUAGUCAUGGGAGACGCAAGGAGAAAGUUAUAUCUCUCAGUAAAACGCGUGAAUUUGGACAGGCAAUCGAUUCGGAACACUUGUCAGAGUUAACAGAAGAAGAAGAAGUAAACUUUUCCGACUCAAAACUCGGUGGAUUUGCUCGAUUGGAUAGAAAAUAUUUUACACCGUUUUUCACUCGAAGAUUUACAAAUCAGGAACUUCGUGAUUGUAAAUCUCAAAUGGCUGAACUUCAAAGUAAAUGGUACGAGGCAAUACGGGUUGAUAAUCAAACCGACGAUGAAGAUGACGUGCUAGAAACAACAUCACAGAAAACAGAGAGAACCAGUUCGACAAUUUCAAUGACAUCAAGUCGUGCCAACAUAAUUUCUUAAAUAUAACAUGAUUCUACGUUUCCUAAGCACGAUUUAGAAAAUAAAUAAAUUUAAACCAAGAAAAAAAGGUUUUCAUAGAUAAAUGUUGAGUACAAAGUUGUAAUUUACCAUCAUGAAAAAAAUGAAAGAAAAAUACGAAAGCCAGAGAUGGCAAAAGUCUUAGAAUAAGUAGGUGGGUUUAUACCAUCAAAUGAAAUUGAAGUGUGAUUGAAUACAUUUUGUUAAUUGUUUGUUCCUUUGAGUUCCUUUCUGUUUAUUAAAAAUGAAAAAUUUCAUUUUCACUUAAAGACGUAACGUACUUAAAUAAUUAAAAAGAUUGUUUGCAAACUAUUUUAUUUGCAAUUUUUUGUGUCUAUAAAUAUUUUAUCUAAUGAAUAAAUAAAUUCAACUGCGUUUUAAAAUCUCAGAAGAAAAGAGA